AUGCUGCAGCAGAGGCAUGUUCUAGUUCACCUAAUGCAUUGUGUGGUGAGGAAUGGUGAUACGGCUUCCUUCUGGUUUGACAACUGGAAUGACAUGGGUCAGUUAAUCACUGCUCUCGGGGUAAACGGCCCUCGUCAACUGCGAAUUCCGCUGGAAGCUUCAGUUAACAAAGCCACAUCAAAUGGACAUUGGACUCUACCUGCAGCAAGAACAGAGGAAGGGGAGACGCUUCAAGUCGUACUGUCUACGCUCACUCCCCCCCAUGCUUCAAGGGCUUCAGUAAUCUCCGAUGAUCCAAAUCUCCGUCGCUCAGCGAGAGGAGUAGUAACGAAACUGCUUUUUCAGAUUAUCAUCUAUCAGCUUUGGAAGGAGCGCAACAGGAGGAUCUUCAACUCAACAUCCACAACAACUGCUGCAGUUCACUUGGCCAUUGAUCAAACAACGAGGGAUCGCCUCCUCUCUAUCCCCGUUCCAGGUGACGGCUCCUCAUCUUUGCUGGAGGUCUACUUUCUUUGCUUUUCUGCAUUGUAA